CAAAGAUGGCGGCGCGAUCAAUGAAGGUGGAUUGUGUAGUGAAGGAAUUCCUAGUGUAAAAAACUGAAAUGGUCGGAUUGUAUGUUGUUUUUGUGAGUGAUAUUAUACUUUAAUAGGCAAUGGGGAGGGGUCAGGAGUUGCUUGAUGCAGCCCGCAAUGGCGAUAAGAAAACUGUAGAGAAAAUACUCAAUCAAAUAACAAAAAGGAGUGGUCCUUUUACGAGUUUAAGAAGAGGCGCUGGCGUCAACGUCCAAGACGAUAAUGGGUACACACCACUCCAUCAUGCUUGUUUGAAUGGACACAAGGAAAUAGUCAGGUUACUCCUGUCCGUCGAUGCAUCACCGUGCGUGGUUGACAAGAAGGGUGCUACGCCACUCCACCUGGCAGCAUGGAAGGGCGACUCCAACGUGGUCGCCAUGCUACUGGCACACAAGAACCCGCCGGUCAACAUCGACCAGCUGACGUCGGACCACGAGACGGCUCUGCUCAUCGCCGCUCACUUCGGCUACGUGGACGUCGUGGCUCAGCUGAUGGCCAAGGGUGCUGAUGUCACCGUGAGAAACAUCAAGGACGAGAGCGCUCUGGAUCUCGCCGCACAGUUUGGGAGGUUGGAAACGGUGCAGCAUCUGCUGUGUGUGAUGCCUCAGCUGGUUGAGGGGUACAAACCGCAUAAGUGUAGGGGAAAAGUGUUCUCUUCAACCCCCCUCCACAGAGCCAGCAAGUACGGACGAAAGGAAGUGGUGUCAGUAUUACUUGCGGCCGGCGUAGACCCCAACGUUCGAACAUUCAACGGCACGCCGUUGCAUGAAGCAGCGUGCUUCGGCAAAGCGUCCGUAGUCCGCAUCCUACUGGCCAAUGGUGCUGAUCUUAAUGCAGUGGAUCGGAGAGGGAAGACUGUCCACCAUCUACUCGCUGACUACUCGGAAGAAGCCACCAGAAGGGUCCGAAGGGUUAUCAGAGAGUUUGAGAACCAUACACGUACCGCUUAUGAGAGCGAGGAAGACUUGCCUCCAUUCCCCGUACAAGACUGCAGUCCCACCGGCUAUCCGCCUGCCGGCCUUGUGAAAGCCCCAGAGACCCAAGAAAAUACUAACACGUAUAACUAUAGCUUAUCUCCAUCUUCUUCAUACCAGCUAACAAAAACCCCUUCUCAAAGUUUCGUUAAAAAGCUUGCUUCCAAAUGCUUGGGACUAAAAGCGAAGUUUAAUUCUGCUCCUAACAUAACUAAUAAUUUGGCCAAUGAGUCGGAAGUCGAUGUAAAGGCGAAACAUUUUGAACAAAAAACUACUACAAACACAUUGUUAAUUGGUAAUAGUAAGUUUUUCAAAAGACUCUCAAAGAAGGAGCAUUCUGGAGAAGUAAUUUGUAAUGAUGAAUUUGAUACAAUAUCUCUAGAUAGAAUUAGUACAUUACACAGAGAUUCUGUUGUUAAUAGGAGUAACCGCAGUUGUCCGGGAUUUAAAACAUCUCUGCCCAAUAUAUCUGAAAACAACGAACUUAGCGAUGAAUCUACAGCUGAGUCUAUAGUGAUUACAGAAAUUAACUGUGAUACAAGUUUUAAGAACACGAAUAUCUUGACGGAAGCUAUUAAUUCUAAUGCUGCGAUGAACAGUUUUAAACCUAAUAAUAGGGUAUCUAUCAUAUCUAAUGAAUCAGCAAAUUUUGUUAACGAAUGUUAUGAAUCAUAUGAAUUUUCCGACAGUGAAAAGACUACCGAAAGCAAUAAGCCCAAACCUCCUCCAAGACCCAAUAUAUUAGCGCAUCCGUCAAGUGAUGAUAAUACUAUAUAUGAGAAUGUUAUUAUAAGUAAACAAAAUAUUCGCCCUAUUCCAGCAGCCAGAACACAUCUUCCCCCAAAAGUACCUAUUCAAGUAAUAGAAAACACAGUAUUGUAUGAAAAUGUUUCGUUGCUUCUAAACAGACGGCAACCAGAACCCCCAAAACGAACAUUUAUUACAUCACACACUGAGUCAGAUGAGGGAAAUAUAUCUCGCAGCAGAACUUCAACCUUAUCAUCAGAUUCAAUGAUAGAUGAAACUAAUUUAGAAGAUAUUUUACUAUCACAAAAAUCUAAAUCGUUUAAACAUGGCAAACAUAUUGAAAUGUAUAGAACUACUGACAAGAGGGACAUAUGCCGUACUGUUUCUAGUUCGACAGUCUCUUCCGAUAUAACCGAAGCUAGUGCAAUAGAAAAUAUUGAUUGUAGUGAUGAAAAUACUAACGAAAAAAGUAUUUAUUUAUCAAUGACUGGUACUUUACCCAAUAAAAAAACGAUAAGACCUGAAAACAAAAAAGUAUUAUUCAGACAUAAAACUUUUACAAACAUCGAAGUCGAUAGAAAUUCUGUGAAGGUGACAGAUUUACCCAAAUGGAAUAAUGAAAUUUUAAAAGAAACCUUAGCUAAUUAUCACAUUAGAGGUACGGGGCACUGUAUUUAUAGUGGCCCUACAGUGUUAGAAUUUAUUGAUGUGUUUAAUAGAGAAACGCUCUACAAAGACGUCCCACCUUUCUCUAAAAUACAGAAUGAUAAGAGAGACAGCUAUUUUGAAACGGCCAUUUGUUUUUGUAAGCCUAGACACCCUAAACAUCACAAUAGCGCUGAGGAUUUACUAGAAAUUUCUCAUCCCCAGGAAGAAGAAAAAGUAUCUAUUGAUUUUGACGCCCUCAGUAAGGUCCGUGAAAUGGAUUCCACGUCGUUUCGGUGUUUUUGUGAUUCGACUAAAUGUAUCUUUCAUACCGAGAAAAGAGAUAUGGGCAAUGUGAUUGUGAAAUUCUCUGCUAUCAAUAAAAGUAUUUCAACACCAGACAUUACUUUAUACGAUUCUCCUUCUUUGACAGUUAAUAACAGUCAUUUAGUAAGAAAUGCUUCAGUGCCAUCAAAUCUGGAAGAGCCGUACGCCGUUAUAAAUAUUGAAGAUAUAAUACUUAAAAAGAAAAUGGAGCAAAAUCAUAAUAACAAUAUUGUAAACAGCCCCGAUUAUGUCUCAAUGUCGCCAUCUACAUUGUCCUCAACGAUCUCUUCUACUACCCCUUAUUCCGUAAAAGACAUAGCAGAAGUGCUAUCUCUAAACUCAACAUCGACAACCGCCGGCCUAUCUUCUGCUUCUGAUAAAGUAUCGCAAAUCAAGUCCAGCUCCUCGGGACACUCUGGUCAUUGGUCCUUGCAAUCUUGCGAGUCCAACGUUACAAUCAAAUCGGACGCUUCCUUCGUGACAUGUUUCGAGGAAUCUUCGGAAGAAGAUUCAGAUUGUACUUUGCAUUCGGGCGACGAAUCCUCCGAUGCCGACACUGUUAAGUCUGAUGUUAGUGUUAGUAAAAGGCCUUGGGUUCACAGUGAUUCUUUCAGAUUUGGCAAUAAAGAUGUUAAAUACGAAAGCAAAAUCGAGGAGGAGGAUGAUGAUGACGUUAAUACAUUGAUAGAGUCGAGUUCAAAAUUUGAGAGUGGUAUAAGUGUCGAUGGUUCUGGGAGUUCUUCGUCCGAGUGCGGGGAGGAUAGGGUGGGUGGGGACGACAGCGGUGUCCCGAGGGCGGAGGACGAUGUGUCGCUUGAUGCUUCGCUUGAGCGGGGUGCGGGGGUGGCGGGUGUUCGCAGCGGGUCGGGGCGGCGGCGUUGGGACGAGACGGAGGGCACGAGCGAAGGCGAUGCGCUGAGCGUCUCCAGCGCCGCCUCCAGCUGUGCGCCUCUACACAUGACGCACCACCACGAAUACAACAAAGUCUCGCCCACCCCUCCCAAGAAGCCGCCACGUAGAAACCUAUCAGUGUCUCCCACACACGCCAACUCUCCAUCGUCUGGUUACAGCUACGAGUUGAGGCCUCACGCUAGGAGUCAAGACGACUUAGAUGAUAUACCGGGUGCCAAACAUUACCUUAAACACGGUCGCUCUGUCGAUCAGUACGUAGAUGGAAAACUAAGCUAUUCAGAAUACGAGGACAACCACAACUCGCCCCGAAUAGCGCCAGUGCCCAAUCCUCGAUCAAGUCUCAAAAACAGGUCUCAACCCGUUGCCAUAACGGCUAUGUACGAAAAUGUCGUUAUAAAAGAGCAGAAUCCCAGACGCAAGUUGAGAAGGAACAAUUUCGCGCCACCAUACGAGAACUACGAGCCUAGAAUGAACGACACCAGACCUAGAAAGUAUUCGAACCAAGAGAGGUCUUCCUUAGAGAGUUUAUUGGACGACCAGUCGAUGAACAGUCCGAGCGACUGUGAACGGUAUUACGAUGGACCGAGGGCGGAUAUUCCCUUGUCGCCGACGCAUUAUGAGCAGCCCCCCACUCCUGACCACCCCCCUCCAUCAGCGAAGCAGGCUGAGAACAGCAUCCACGAGAGGAUAAGGCCGCUGAGUCAGCUUAUAAUGGAGGUUGUUGAAGAGAUAAGAAUUAGGAAAAAAUCACAGGGUGAUACAAUAAAGAGCUGAUGAUGUAAAUAAUUAUUAACGGAUUUUUAAAACGUUAGCGUUAUAUAUUAUUUCGUAUCAUAUUUUAACCUAGUCUUUAGAAUUAGCCGUUAAGUCUUGUGCUAAAAGGUGCUUAUACUUUUAAAAGAGUUAAAUAUAUACCCUCGUUGUCACUUGAAAUUUAUUCUUGAUAUGAUAAGUAUUCCUUAGGUGCUAUUAAUUUAUAGGUACUCUUAUUAAUAAACGAUUUAAGUAGCGUUAAUUAUUUGUACAACGUUUUGUCAAAUUCAUUCCAAUGUAUUUUUUAAUUCGAGAUAUAAAGGCAAAAUGCUGUUUUUUUUCAACGCUUUAUACAUUGUUUAUUAAUAGAGAUACGUUUAAAAAUAUAUUCUUAAGUACCUACUAACAGUAAACCUCUAAAGAAGUGCCUUUUUUUAAGUUUUUAUCUGAUUAGGUAUACAUAAGGCGAUGUAAUUUUUACUACAAUAUUUAGGUAUUCGGUAAUCAAUUUGUUUUAAUUACAACAGUAUUAUAAACUCACAUGAAAUAGGAAGCAUUAAAACUGCGCUCAACAAUAUUUUUUGUACAAAGAAGCAUUUACGAAAUUUUAAAAUGUGAUAAGAUAACGAAUUCAUAACUAUUUUUUUGCAAGUUAGCAAUUCUAGUAUUUGUGAAUAUAAUUGUAGGUUUUACCAGCAUGACAGUAUAAGAAUAAAUAAAAAAAACUAGAUUGGUAUAGUUGAAAGUAUAUAAUGAAGCAUUAUGUAGUUUUAUUUAGACUGAAAAUUUGUUCCAAAAAUUCAUUGGUUUUUAUCAUUUUGUGUUAUGUUAAGUGGUGAUGACAUUAUUUUUUAAGAUUCUGUCGUAUUUUUUAUAUUUUAUUUCCACUGUAAUAAACUACUUAUGUCGAUUGUUCCUUGUUUUAUUUGAUUUAAUUAUAUUUUUUGCUUAAUUAUGCUUUGCUAUUGAUGUUAUUUUAUUUUUGUGACACUUGAAAUGGUGACAAUCAAAAUAAUGCAGUGUAUAGCCGCAAGCAACAUAAUACUAUUUAAACAUUUCUGCAAUUUUUGCGGGGGGAGUAUGAACACAAAUGCAGUUUAACGUGCAUGCGUAAAAACAAAUCUGUAAUUACGUCACUCACACAUAGACAAUGACAUAAUCCUCCAAAUCCUGUGCACAUGUAUCGUUUGUAUGCCCAAUUCGGCAGAGGCGAAGGCUGUGUAUGCUCCUGGCCGUGUCGGCGGUGUUGCUCUAUGGUUGGCUGCCAUCUUUCCCGAGCGGAAGUCACAGUCAUAGAAUGUCCCAAAACUUGUGGCCACAUAGAGGGACCAAAAUUUUAAAUAUUAAACUUUAAAAAUCAUGAUCUUCUUUUUAUUUUAGAUGUUAUGUUACCAAGAAAAAAUAAAUUAUGAUUGAUACUUUUGAUCGGUACAGUAAAAUUACCGGUAGUUAUUUGUCACAUUUAGCAGGUUCUACUCUCGGUUCAGACAGGCGAUUUUUUUAAUACUUAAAUUUAAGUUCGUUUUUAUUUUUAAAAUUAAAUUGAAGUCUUCCCUCACUAAAACUUGCUAUCUUGUAUUUAAGGUAUUUUUCUACCCUCCAUGUGGCUUAGUUUUGGGUCUUUCUGUAUAAUUUAUUCAUAAAUCUAAACAAGGACAUUAUCACAACACAACCAAAUCUUGCACACUUCUUUACAUACAUAAGCCCAAAUGGGCAUACACUUUGACAGAGGGGAAAGCUGGGUAUGGUAGGUUACUUUCCUGGCAGCAUUCGUGUAACUGUGGUUGUGAAUAUUAAAAAUCAUAACAUUUCCUUCUGCUUUUACACCACUUAGAUGCUUAAAUGACACCUUUUCACAAGUGCCUUAUUUAUUUAACAAUAGCGCCGGCUUAUGACUUUGCCCGCGAUAACUUUUUUUUUCGAGAAACCCACAGGAACCUCACAUUUUUCCGGGAUAAAAAGUAUCCUUUGUCUUAAUUCAGGUCAGAAACUAUAUGCGUACCUACCAAAUUUCAUCUCAAUCCGUUUAGUAGUUUUUGCGUGAUUGAGUGACCAACAUAAAAACAUAUCGCAGGCAUUUCAGUUGGCUAUUCGUAUUUCUUAAUAAUGAUCUUUACUAGGUCAGCAAAUCAACUCAAAAUCAACAGUAUAAUGAUAUAAUAAGCUUUUUAAUUAAUAUACUUUUUAAAUCAUCGAAAU